UCUGCCACGGGUUCCUCGUCUCUUCCUCUCCAUUUCUACAAUUCCACUAGCGUGAUCCCCGGUUUUGCCUUCCCGCCUCCCAAAACCCCCACUGCCAUGGCGCCGCCUCACGCGUGCAGCCCAGGCGCGACGCAGCGGCUGCUCCUCCAUGCGGCCGCCGACGGUGACCUCCGCCUCUUCAAGAGGAUUGCUAGUAGGCUGGACGGCGGGGAAGGACGCCUCAAGGAGGCGGUGGAGGCCGUGAAGGACCGCGGCGCUGGGGCUCUGCACCAAGCCGCCCGCAACGGGAGGACCGCGAUGUGCGUGUACCUGGUCGAGGAACUCCAGGUGGACAUCAACGCCGCCAACGAGUCAGGUGCUACGCCACUGAUUUAUGCAGUUCUGGGUGGGAUUGUGUAUACUGUGAGUUAUCUUCUUGAUCAUGGUGCAAAUCCUGAUAAGCCCAAUGAACAAGGGCGUGCUCCUCUCCAUUUAGCAGUUGAACAAGGAAAUUGCGAGAUAUUAAAGGUCUUACUAGUGAAAGGAGCUGAUGUUGAUUCAUCUUCUGACUGUGGGACGCCACUGCAUAUUGCAGCCGUGAAAAGUCAUGAUGGCUGUAUGAAGAUUUUAUUGGACCACCAUGCAGAUUGUAAUAAGGUAUUUUCCACAUUUUAUACACCCCUCAUCGCAGCGCUUAUGGUUCGCUCAUUGAAAUGUGUGAAGCUUCUGAUUAAGGCUGGUGCUGAUAUUAAGGGUGUUGGUACUUUUACCCCCUUAAUUGCUGCUGCAACUGAAGGCUUAACUGAUUUCUAUAAGUGCUUACUCGAGGCUGGUGCUGAUCCUAAUGUGCCUGAUGAAAACAGACGGAAAGAUGUGGAGAUCCUACUUCCAGUAACUUCUCGUAUUCCAUCUGUGUAUGAUUGGAGUGUUGAUGGGAUAAUUACUUAUGUAAACAAAAAUGUGCAGGAUGACCCCAUGUACAAAAUAAGACCAGCUGAUCUGAAGUUAGAAGGAAGUAGGGCAUAAAAGAGAGAGGACUAUCUUACUGCCACAAAACUCUACACUAUGGCGACGAAUCUUGAACCUGAAGAUGGAACUUGUACUCGAAUAGGAGCAUUUGCUUGGCUUAAGAUGGGUGAAGGAAUGAAAGCUUUGACAGAUGCUCACCUCUGCAGGAUGUUGUGUCCCGAUUGGCCAAAGGCCUGCUACAGGGAAGGGGCUGCUCACAUGUUCUUAAAGGACUGAUAAGGCUUGCGAUGCAUUUCUUGAUGGUCUUAAAUUGGACCCAGCGAAUAUGGAGAUUGAAAAUGGUCUACGGGAGGCUUUCAAAUCAUUGAAGAAAUCUCGUGCUGCCUGAAUUACCUGUCAGUUCAAGAAUUACAUGUCAGUUCAAGACUCAAAACUUGUACUAUGUAAUUAACUCAAUCUGGAGUCCGGAAAACAAGAACCUGGUAAAAACCUUUUGCAACUGGCACGGCUUUGUAAAUUUUACUUGAAACUGAUCGCAACUAUUAUCACUGAAUGUGAGGUUCCAAUCUACGAGUAUUUUGUUGGA